GAGGGAUGUUUGGAGUGAUGGUGUUUGCCUUCCUAAGUCACCGUUUCAUGGGACGAGAACCAGCUUUCUUGGAGGUGGCUGAACACCUGCCUGCCCAUGGGGAAAGGGCAAACUAUUUGAAAUCCACUGCUUUCCUUUUGGAAAUCCACUGAUUUCCUUUUGGAACAUGAUCUGAAAAAAAAUAUGGAAAACCACACCAAGAUAACCAAAUUCACUUUGUUUGGGUUCAAAUCUCAUCCAGGAUCACAACUCUUCCUCUCUGUUCUCUUCUCAACAAUGUAUGCUGUCACAGUUGUAGGAAAUGUCUGCAUGAUCCUCAUCAUUAGAAUGGACUCCAAACUGCACACUCCAAUGUACUUUUCCCUAGAGAACUUGUCAACCUUGGACAUCUGCUAUUCCUCUGUCAUCACUCCCAGAGCAACACUGAUAUUCUCACUGGACAGAAGAAACAUUUCUUACAAUGGCUGUGCUUCACAAAUGUUCUUAUUCUCUCUCUUUGGUACAACAGAAGCCUUCUUUCUUGCUGUGAUGGUUUAUGAUUGUUUCACUGCCAUCUGCAAUCCACUGCUGUACCAAGCGAUUAUGAAUAAAAGACUCUGUGUUUUCAUGGUGAUGGCCUCUUAUCUGUCAGGUUGCAUCAACUGCACCAUCCAGACAGGCUUUACAUUCAGUUUGUCCUUUUGUGGGCCCAAAGAAAUAAACCACUUCUUCUGUGAUGUUGCUGCAGUGAUGCACGCUUCCUGUUCAGACACACUUGUCAAUGAACUAAUAAUGCUGACUGUGUGUGGAUCCAUUAUUGUGGGCACUGCCUUGGUAGUUUUUAUCUCCUAUGGUUAUAUAAUCAUCACAAUUGUCCAAAUGCCUUCAGCUGAAAGCAGGCACAAGGCCUUCUCCACCUGUUCCUCUCACAUGAUGACCAUCUGCGUGUUCUUUGGGACAGUUUUCUUCAUGUAUGCUCAGCCUGGGGCCACAUCUUCACCUGAUAAAAAUAACACCAUCUCCAUCUUCUAUACUAUUGUUAUUCCCAUGCUAAACCCUUUCAUCUACACCCUUUGAAACAUGGAGGUAAAAGGGUCUCUGAAAAAACAAUUAAAAAGGAAAGGGUUUUUUUGGCACCUUAACUAA